AUGGACCAACACCAAGAACACAGGAACGAAGGCGACUUAUAUGAAACUCUGCCGUUGAACCCGUUCGAAAUUCGGAUGUUAGUGUUAGAACCGGCUACAGAUCAAACGGGCAGGAUCGAAUGCAAGCUGGAGUGCUGCCCACUAGCUCCCGACCUUUUUUCUCGUAUCUGGGAAAGCGUCUCAUACACCUGGGAUAGUCUAGUUGGGACAGAAGGGAUUCGGGUCAAUGGGUUUCGCCGCCUGGUUACACCAAAUCUAGCAGCAUUCCUACGUCGUCGUCGAGACUCGAAAAACAACAUUACGCUCUGGGUAGACGCGAUCUGUAUUAAUCAAGCAAACUUGAAGGAAAAAGAACGACAAAUACCUAUGAUGGGAAUGAUCUAUGCCGCGUCACCUCUACUCAACAUUUGGCUGGGACCUGAGCAAGACGAUAGUGAUAUGGCAAUGGAUGAAUUAUGGAACUUAGGUUCGGGCUCGCCGUACGAUAAAAUGCCUAUUCUCAGCGGGAGGACUUUGAAAGCGCUAGAACUCCUCUUGAGUCGUCCAUGGUGGUCAAGAGUAUGGAUCUUACAAGAAGUUCUUUUUGGUGCAGCGGGGCGCAAAUUGGGGGAAGCUAGAGUGUGGUGCGGGAGCAUGAAUAUUCCAUGGCUGCAUGUAACAAUCGCUGCGGUACGGAUGCAGUCACACAAGGAUGAUAUGAGACAAUAUUUUCCCGCGAUCGAUAACAUCCUGGUUCUAGAAAGCCUUCGUGAUCAAGCCGGGAGUCGGGUCACCGCUGCCGCCGGGGCCGCUAGCCGGGAGGCAAUCCUGGAACUUGUUUCUCGCUUUCGAGGAUUUCGAUCCACUGAUCCGCGAGAUAAGAUAUACGCCCUGCUAGGGAUGCUCUUUAGGGAGGCCGGCCGACAAUUCACAGAAAUAUCGCCUACUUAUACCGCCACUGUAGAAGAUGUUUUUACUUCCUUCGCCUUAUACAUGCUCCAGGGCGGUUCUAAGUUAAGCAUUCUUCGCCAAUGCCAUGGCCACUUGAUUAAAGGGCUGCCUUUGUGGGUUCCAGAUUGGUCGUUCUCCUCUUCGGCUUUGCCCUUACCAAGCAAAUGCUCCACUUUCAGACCAAAUGCACCAUGGUGGACUCAGUCGUUCAAAGACCCUGAUGAUAAAGACAAGAAUAUGGAGAUGCGCGGCAUUCGGCAGCUGCGAGUCCCGGGCUUUUUCGGAAACGAUCAAGAAAGAGAGAGCGAAGAAAUCCGCCGAUUCAAGGAACUCAGACUUGCAUCUGGUGGUAUUCGUAUGGUAGGGUCAAAUGAUAGACUGCCGAAAGCAAUGGAAGGGUUAGGACCAGAGGCGCAGGAUCUUGCGAAAAAGUUAAUUGCUUCUAAAUCACUUCUGUGUUUUGAUGCCAGCGAAGACUUGUAUGGAAAGCGUUUCCGGGAAUAUGAAGAUAAGGAUGCAUCAAAGCAAGGAGAGGAAGGUGUUGCUUCAGCGAUCUUAAGAUUAGGAGAACGAGCAACCCAAAGACGGGAGAACCUGGCUGUAUUGGACGCUUUGUCACCAGCGGAGCAGUCGUUCAUGGCAGCAGCGCAAACUAAGCCACUGGUCCAAAACCUUGACUCAAGAACGCUUGCAGCGCAGGGAUUCCUAUGGGAUAUCAUUGAUGAAGUUUGUGAUGUCUUCCCAGCCAGUGUCGAUGCUGAUUGGCAAGAUGCCACCCGAUUCAUGGUCAGUGUUGGAAGGUGUAAGGAAAUGGCGCUCAAGAAUCCGGCAACUAAAAAUCCUUACUACUCUCCUGAUGGAAAGUGUGAAGCAUUCUGGUUAACUAUGUUUGCUGGGCAAACCGAGCGGCGAGGUGAUUUUGGGAAGAUGGAGGAUAUGAGACCUCUCAUGCGAUUCGAGCACUGGCUACCCGAAGUGCCCGAGCAUUGGCUGCCCACAGAACCACGAGUGACUGUGACUUCGACUGGUCGACUAGCAGUGGCAGAUUUCAGCCGUAGGAGCAGCAUAGCGCUGACGGAAUACAUUCGGUCCAAACUUGGGUCUGAUAUAGAAAUCCAGUCGGAUAUGCCAGGUGUUGAGAUGCACCAGAAUCUACUCCCUAAAGAAUGGACUGCGGAAGACGUGGAUUUACACAAGAAACAAUUCAACGACUUGGGAUCACUUUGGCAAGAGCAGCCUUAUGACCUAUAUCACCUCCCCUUCAAUUUACCUAGCACCAUACCCGAUCCGUAUUGGGAGGUGCGAGCACAAGAGGAUAGUCUGGCGCUCCUGAAAAAUAGAGAGUACUCAAAACCGAUGGAGAUUUUCUAUGGUGUGAACCACCAACUGCUAAGCACACCGGAAAUGCAAGAGAUUACGGAUCAAGAAUUGAAGAAAUCAGAAGGAAGUUUUUUAAUUACAAAAGAAGGUUACUUUGGUUUGGCUCCAAAGGAAGCCAAGACAAGAGAUCGAGUAAUUGUUCUGUUCGGGUUAGAUGUGCCUCUAGUCUGUAGGAAGAACGAGAAUUCUGGCUACAAAGUUGUUGGUGAAUCAUACGUCCAUGGUCUCAUGAGCGGCGAGUUGAUCGAGAAAUGGGAGAAUGGGCAGAUCGAAGCCGGUACAAUCAGUCUGCAAUAA